GACUUCAAAAAGAGUGUGGGUCCAAACGUGUGACGCUUCAUUUUGGGGGAGACUUUAGUCUGCUGCACAAGGUAGUUCGCAUGGACCAGAAGCUCUGGUCCAGGCAAGCUAAGGGACAAAGUCAGAUCUUCUCUACCUAUGUAGAAAAAGAGACAUGGAACACCCAACUUGUAUGUUGGAAGAAGUGAAGCCAUUUAUCUUAGAUGAUGCCCCACCAACAGUGUAUUACAUCCCAGAUUUCAUAUCAGAGGAUGAAGAGACCUACCUUCUGCAACAGGUCUAUAAGUCUCCAAAAACUAAAUGGACUCAGUUGUCAGGCCGACGGCUUCAGAACUGGGGAGGGUUACCACACCACAAAGGCAUGCUGGGAGAGAGGAUUCCUGACUGGCUCCAAACUUACUGUGAGAAAAUUUCCUCCCUUGGUGCAUUUAGUGGGAAAACGGCCAAUCAUGUGUUGGUGAAUGAGUACAAACAAGGAGAAGGGAUCAUGCCUCACGAGGAUGGGCCUCUGUAUCACCCUACUGUUACCACCAUCAGCCUGGGCUCUCACACGGUCCUUGACUUCUACAGGCCAGUCAGCUGCCUGGAAGGUGAUGCUCUGCAAACAGAGGGGAACCGCUACAUGUUCUCCCUCCUGGUGAAGCCUCGCAGUCUUCUGGUCCUGCAGGAAGAAAUGUACCAGCACCUCCUUCAUGGCAUCCAGGAGAGCAACCAAGACACACUGACAGACAAGGUGGUAAACCUGUCUGCUGCAGGGGCCCAGCCAGGAGAGACGCUGGAGGACAGCAAAACAAUGGAGCCGCAGAUGAAACGCUGGAAAGGGUCAGCGUACGACACUGAUUCAUGGGUUGCUUACCCAGUACUAUCAGAUGAGCAGUCGCAGGACAUCGAGCUGACAGACGCGUUUGCUGCACCCAUUCUCAACAAGAGGGAGACAUCUCGACUUGUCAGGGAGCUGAACAGCGCUUACCCUCUCAAUGGUCUUCAGCACAUCAAGAGGGUGCGGGCCUGCAGGGAGAAAGGUGGCUCUUAUCCUCUGGAGGUUCUUGUUUGCCUCAGGAGUGAUGCACUACACAUACAGGCUGUCAGCAUUGAGUGCCUGCUGCCCCCAGGAAUGGGAAGUGAUGGCUUAGGGGAACCUUUUAUUGUUAAGGUUCCUGCUCGUCCCCCCUUAACUAGGCCUCAGUUCGAACAGGCAAGCAAACACUGGCCCACUUCCUUUCAUGAGGACAAACGAGUGACUGUGGCCCUGAGGGGAGAGCUUUUCACUCCCCCUCAGAAAGCUACAAUGCACACGUACAUGAUGUCGGCUGUAGCUGCUGCCCAAGCAGCUAAGAAGAUGGGUUUGGAGGCUGUCGGGGCUGUAGUUGUCAACCCAUCCACAGAGAGAAUCAUUGCAGUGGGGCAUGACUGCCGGGCUAACCACCCCCUUCAUCAUGCAGUCAUGGUCUGCAUCGACCUGGUGGCUCAGAGUCAGGGUGGAGGAUGUUACUCCCUCGACAAAUACCCUGCUUGCCGAUUUAUGUCACCAACUUUUGAUACAUUGGAUAGCACCCUCGAUGUAGAUUUGAAAUCUCAGCCAUAUAUAUGCACCGGCUAUGAUCUUUAUGUCACACGGGAACCUUGUGUUAUGUGCGCCAUGGCACUGGUUCACUCCAGGAUUGGCCGUGUGUUCUAUGGGACUACUGCUGCUGAUGGUGCUUUAGGAACCAAGUUCAAAGUGCAUUCACAGAAGGACUUAAACCACCACUUUGAGGUUUACAGAGGGGUACUGAGCAAGCAGUGCGAGAGUCUGCAUGAGUGAGACAACCAUAGUAAAGAUGGAUGCGGAUAAUGUUUUCAUUUUGCCUAUACCAGUUGAAGAAGGUAAAGUUGAAACUCAUUUUAAAUAAAGCUUUUUAAACACAUGGCAGGUGUCAUAGAGACCUGAGUCAGCCUACAGGAAGGAUAAUGAGGCCACCUGAAAGUCAGCAGCCCUUUUAAAACAUUCACCACCUGUAGAAGAACAUCCACAACUGCAACAAAGACAUUAUUCAGAUGUUCUAGCAUUUUGAUUUUCUUAUUUUUAUUUGUUAUCGAGUACUUGAGUGAGUGUAUUUUUUUCUGCUCAAUAAAUGCUGGACGCUUCAUUUA